CAAUUUUCAAGAUGGCGGCGCAGUAACCAAGCUGACAUCUAUUUUUCUCGUUUAUUUUAGUACGAGAACGAYUCAAACCUUAAUCUCGGCCUCUAGAAGGAUGUAAAAGACGAAUAUCAUACAUUAGGAAGGGGAUUUUAUCUUCAAAGUAACAAAAUUGAGCGGUUUUAGCUUGUAAUUUWCAAGUUGUUGUUUGUUUACAACGGUGACUUGGCGACGACAGGAGCUGAAAAUUGAAGAAACGAAAAUCUKAAGAAAAUACUGUGAUUGUUUAAAGAUGCGACUGAAAAUACAUCUACAGAAAGAGUCAAAGCACACUGAUCUGGUCAGCUGUGUUGGGUGGACGACUUCUGAUGAACUCUUUUCUAGUGGAGAUGAUCAUACUAUCAUGAAAUGGAACUUACUCUCUGGUGAAACAUCCCAACUGAUCAAAYUUGCCCAAGAUAUUUAUCCUACUGACUUCCACUGGUUCCCCAAAGCAGCUGGUGGGGUAAAGCAAAGUCAGAUUGACAUCAUGGUUAUGACGGCAACUGAUGGUAAAUUUCACCUGAUAUCACGUAAUGGUCGAGUGGAAAAGUCUGUUGAAGCUCACAGAGGUGCUGUGUUAUCAGGAAGGUGGAGUUACGAUGGUAGCGCCAUGGCAACAGUUGGAGAAGAUGGUCAAGUGAAAAUCUGGUCAAGAAGUGGAAUGCUCAGAUCAACCCUCAUGCAGACAGGAACACCAGUCUACUCAGUUUCUUGGAGUCCUGAUUCAGAUCAAAUACUUUAUGCUAAUGGAAAACAAUUGGUGAUAAAACCACUUCAAGCUGCUGCUAAACCAAUACAGUGGAAAGCACAUGAUGGCAUAGUACUAAAGGUUGACUGGAAUCCAAUCAAUAAUCUGAUUAUUUCUGGAGGAGAAGACUGUAAAUACAAGGUAUGGGAUAGCUAUGGAAGAAUUCUGUACUCAAGCUCRGCACAUGAUUAUCCAAUAACAAGUGUAUCAUGGGCACCUGAUGGUGAACUUUUUGGAAUUGGUUCUUUCAACACACUGCGUYUUUGUGAUAAAACUGGGUGGUCAUACUCACUGGAGAAGCCAAACAUAGGGUCCAUAUUCAACAUUGCUUGGUCUACUGAUGGUACCCAGCUUGCAGGUGCUUGUGGGAAUGGUCAGGUCAUCUUUGCACAUGUCAUUGAAAGACGUUUGGAAUGGAAAAAUUUUGAAGUGACUGUUACUGAACGGAAGAGUAUUGCAGUCCGAGAUGUGAUGAAUGACACCAAAGAAACUUUAGAUUUUCGUGACAGGAUCAUUAAGACAGCUCUCCGAUUCCACCAUCUUGUCGUGGCAACCUCGUCACAGUGCUACAUCUACAGUGUCAAGAACUGGAACACGCCAAUGAUUUUUGACUUGAAGAAUGGGAACAUCUCACUUAUUGUUCUUGCCGAAAAGUGUUUUCUUAUCGUUGAUGAUGCAGGUGUGCAAAUCUAUUCCUAUGAGGGUCGUCUGAUCAGUGCACCCAAGAUACAAGGGUUAAGAACUGAUGUACUGMAUGAGCAGACAGUGUCUCUCAGUAAUGAUACCAUUGCAAUAAAGGAUCGUAAAGAUGAAAAAUUGAUCUAUCUCUACGAAGCACUAUCUGGAAAACCAGUUGGUAAUGGACAACCCUUGACACACACGAUGGAAAUCAUUGACAUUGCACUUUCUCAAUGUGGACCCACAAGCGAUCGUCAGGUAGCAAUCAUUGACAAGAACAGAGACAUGUACUUGGCUCCARUCAAACAUAUUGGAGCUGCUGGAAAAUUUGUCAGAUUAGGGACAAUGAUAACUACUAUGGCRUGGAACGAUACAACCAACAUGUUGGCAGCAUUCCAGGAUGGUAAAUUCACUGUCUGGUACUACCCAACUGCUGUGUUCGUUGAUCAAGAUGUCUUGUCUAAAACACUGCUGGAAAAAGACUCAAGUGAUUUUGGCAAGAAUUCUCAAAUCAUCAACUUCCUUGAGAAUCACUGCACCAUGAGAAGGGCUGAUGGGUCUCUCUGUAACGCCAUCAUAUCUCCAUACCCAGCAAUGCUGCACAAAUAUGCCUCUGAAUCAAAGUGGGAGGAUGCCGUCCGACUCUGUCGAUUUGUUAAGGACUCGGCACUCUGGGCAUGCCUUGCAACAAUGGCUGCAUAUGCCAAGGACUUGAACACUGCAGAAAUUGCUUAUGCUGCUAUCGAUGAGGCAGAUAAAGUUCAAUACAUCAACCACAUUAAGGAGAUUCCAACCAAGGAGGGUCGUAAUGCUGCCAUGGCUAUAUUUUGCCGACAGCCACAAGAAGCAGAGUCUAUACUUCUACAAGCUGGACUCAUUUACCGAGCAAUACAGCUACAUAUUGACCUCUUCAACUGGGAUAGAGCCCUUGAGUUAGCUGUCAAGCACAAGACUCAUGUAGACACUGUACUGGCUUACAGACAAAAAUCUCUUGAAAACUUUGGAAGGAAGGAAACCAAUAAAAGAUAUCUCCAAUAUGCACAAGGGGUUGAAGUAGACUGGGAAAAAGUGAAUGCCAAGAUAGAGAUGGAGCUGCAGAAAGAAGCUGCAAGACCAGGAGCCAAACCUUACAGUGGUUUGAUGACUUUCUUGCCACUGAUGUACUUCAACCCUUGUCCUCCAGUAUUGAUAAACACUUUGAAUAAAAUAAUUGGUGGAAAUUCUGUUCCUCCAAACCUGUAUAGGAACUGUUUCGCCCAUUUACGCGGGUUCAAGAUGGCGGCUAACGUAKUUGGAAGAGAAUUUUGGAAAAGAUGGUUGGAUUGUGGGAGGAAUUCGUUUUGGCGUUCUGUUAUUACCAGGUCAAAGUCAACAGGGAUCAAAUCAGUGGACAAGGUUCUAAUAGCUAAUCGGGGUGAAAUAGCUUGCCGAAUUGUGCAGACAGCUAAAAAAAUGGGUGUCAGGACUGUUGCUGUCUACAGUGAUGCAGAUAGAAAUGCAAGACAUGUGGAAAUGGCAGAUGAAUCAUACCACAUCGGCAAAGCUCCUUCAAGUGAAAGUUAUUUAAARAUGGAUAAAAUAAUAGAGAUUGCUAAGGCAACUGGUUCACAGGCUAUCCAUCCAGGCUAUGGUUUCUUGUCCGAAAAUCCAGAAUUUGCAGAGAUGUGUGAAAAGGAAAAUAUUAUAUUCAUUGGUCCACCUCCAUUGGCAAUUAGAGAUAUGGGCAUUAAAAGUACCUCAAAAGCCAUUAUGGGGGAUGCUGGUGUGCCAAUCAUUACAGGUUACCACGGUGAUGACCAAUCAGCAGCGAGACUUCAAGAGGAAGCAGAGAGAAUAGGGUAUCCUGUAAUGUUAAAAGCAGUAAGAGGUGGAGGAGGAAAGGGAAUGAGAAUUGUCAACUCUCCAAAGGACUUUGAUAGCGCACUGGAAUCUGCCAGAGAUGAAGCUAAGAAAUCCUUCAAUGAUGAUGAUAUGCUUGUGGAGAAGUUUGUAGAAAGACCAAGGCAUGUAGAGGUGCAAGUUUUUGGAGAUAAGCAAGGCAACACAGUUUACCUUUUUGAGAGAGACUGCAGUGUACAGCGUCGGCAUCAGAAGAUCAUAGAAGAGGCUCCUGCUCCUGGUGUGUCAGAGGAGGUGAGAAGGAGUAUUGGUGAAGCUGCUGUGAAGGCUGCAAAAGCUGUUGGAUAUGUUGGUGCAGGGACUGUUGAGUUCAUCAUGGAUAAAGACCAGAAUUUUUACUUCAUGGAAAUGAACACUAGACUACAGGUUGAGCACCCAGUAACAGAGAUGAUUACAGGGCUAGACUUGGUGGAAUGGCAGCUACGAGUUGCAGCAGGUGAGGACUUACCACUAAUGCAGGAGGAUAUCAAGCUAAAUGGCCAUGCAUUUGAGGCAAGAUUGUAUGCUGAAGACCCUGAAAAGGAGUUCCUCCCAGGAGCCGGCCCCAUCCACCAUCUAACAACACCACAGGCAACCCAGAAUGUUAGGAUUGACACUGGGGUCAGACAAGGAGACGAGGUGUCAAUAUAUUAUGACCCUAUGAUAGCAAAGCUUGUCGUCUGGUCUGAGAGAAGAUCUUCUGCUCUUCGACUGCUUAAAGAAUCUUUAUCACAGUACCAUAUUGUUGGAUUCAAUACAAAUAUCUCAUUUCUAAGCACCUUAUGUAACAAUGAACACUUCAAAGAAGGCGAUGUGCAUACAGAUUUCAUAAAGGAACACUUCCAAGACCUGUUCCCUGCUAAGCAAUCCAUCUCAAAGGAAGCUCUUGCCCAGGCUGCUCUCAGUUUGUUGCUAUUAGAGAAUAAUCAUCGCGAGAUGAAGAGAACUACAUUCAAUGAUAAAUUUAGUUUGUGGAAUUCAAGUUCUGGUUUUCGGCUCAACAGUGAGGUCUCAAGGAGAAUUCGAUUGAAUGAUGGAGACAAAAAGAUGGAAUUGUUCGCCACAUACAACAAGGAUGGCAGCUAUACCAUUGAGAUCGAAGGCGACAGAUUUGAUGUCAAAGGAGAACUCCAACAGGAGGGGAACAGGACAAAUUUGACAGCUACUGUGAAUAACAAGAUACUGAAAUCCUCGCUCGUUGACCAGGAUGGAACAAUUCACCUCUUUACUAAAGACGGUUGUCACAAGCUGGAUAGACCAGUUCCCAAGUAUUUACGCGGCACGACUAUGAGUGGGACAUCAGGAGGUGCAAAAGCACCCAUGCCAGGAAGUAUUGUUAAGGUUCUUGUCGAACCCGGGCAGCAGGUUGAGGAGGGGGAAGUACUUGUCAUCAUGGAAGCCAUGAAAAUGCAGUAUUCCAUACGAGCACCCAAGGCAGGAAAAAUCGCAAAGGUUCUCUGCCAGUUGAACGGGUCCGUCGAUCGGAAUGCCCAGUUGGUACAGUUCGUUGAAGAGGAUGAAAAAAAAGAUGAAGAAGAAGACCUGGACUGA